AUGUAUCCAAAAAUGAUGCGUUCUGUGUCUGCGCUGAGACGAGCACUUUCCUCCUCCUCGCAGUGCACUCGGUGCUUUUAUUCGUAUUAUUCAUCGUGUAUGACGUCGCCCCCUUCUUCGGUCGGGUGUGCGACCACACCCACCCCGGCAAAGAAGACCUUUUGGAUGGAUGAAGAUUUGAGUUUGAGUAGGAGGAGUUUUAGGAGGAGUUUUAGGAGGAGCAGCGCGACGAGCGAAAGCAGGAGUAAAGACGAAACAGAGACAAAAAAGAACACGAUUAAAGUCACGUUCACGGAGAAAACGGGCGAGGAAAUCACCGUGAACGCGGAAAUCGGGAAAUCUCUCAUGGAAGCGGCGCACGACAACGACGUCGAGCUCGAAGGCGCCUGCGAAGGGUCGUUGGCGUGCUCGACCUGUCACGUCGUCGUCGAAGAUCAGAACGUGUUCGAUAAGCUUCCGGAGGCGUGCGAUGAUGAAAACGAUAUGCUCGAUUUAGCGUUCGGUUUGACCGAAACGAGUCGAUUGGGGUGCCAAAUUAUAGCGAAGGAGGAGAUCGACGGGAUUCGGGUGAAGAUACCGGCGGCGACGAGGAAUUUCGCCGUGGACGGGUUCGUGCCGAAACCUCACUGA